CCAAACUUCCAAACGGUGUUUCAUGUAUCCACGAAACACCAACCACAUAAUACAUCUAAAUGAACCCGGCGCACAAUAUCAUUGACAUACGCAAUCCCACUAACAUACGCCGGCAUUCCCGUUACGACAAAUCCUCCCGUCUCACUCUUCACUGCCAUUUGCUAACUUCCUCUCUCUAGACUCGCUCAAAAACUAUUUUAUUAUCAUUAUUUUUUUUAAUAUAUAUAUAUAUAUAUAUUGGAACUCACUUUUAGUGAAUUUGAAUCCCUCAUUUUCUCAAAUUAAAUAAUAAAAAUGGCGUCAAUUCAGAUACUGAAAUCCGGUUUACAUCCAUUUAUAGCUUCACAAUCUUCUUCAAAGUCAAACUGUUACCAUAGCAGAAGCAGAAUUGUUAAGUUUAAGCCGAAGUUUUCGGUUGAUAGAACGUUUUCGGUUUCGUGUAAGGCUCAAGAUACCGAUGAUAAUAAUGAUAGCAAAGGUGAGGAGCCUACCGAGUCUUUAUUUAUGAAAGAACUAAAGAGGCGUGGCAUGACACCCACUUCAUUAUUAGAGGAAAGUUGGAGCACAUUGAAAGACGAGAAUAUUACAUAUAAGGAAGAAGAUGGAGGUUUUUCAAAUAGAAAUGUUGUAUCGACAGAUCUUGAGAAAAGCCUGUCUAAUCAAAGGGAGCGAUCUAUGGCUUUGAACAGUGAGGGCCUGGAGGGUUUGAUUCCACGUGCUAAAGUCUUGCUAACCCUUGGAGGAACAUACUUCUUGGCCUUUUGGCCACUAAUCCUUGUAACAGUGGCAUCCUUCUCUGCUGUUUACAUUUACUUUGGACCUAAAUUUGUCCAUGAUGCUACCACAAGACAAGUAUACCUACCCCAAUAUGUUGAUCCAUAUGCACUUCUUGAAGACCAAAGGAUCUCUGAAACUGCACCAAGGCUAAAUUAAUGGUACAAGUCCCCAUAAUCCAUAUACAUCUUAAAAACAUCAAUAGCUAGACUUUCAUCAUUACAUUUCUGCCAAAUGCCCCUGAAGUUCUGUAAAUGUAACCAAGAACUCUCGUCAUACUUAUAACGAGAUUUCUUUCAUACAGACACUUGUAAAUACAGAUUCCUACUUGUACAAUGAAAGUUACCGCUAGUAACUUAUGUUAAACUCCCUUUUUUUGCUAUUCA